CGCCGUGCCGGGGACACGCUGCCCCGGUGCCAGCCCCACGCGUCCUCCGCCCGCGGGCGGGGCUCGGCAGCGGCGGGCGGGGCGGCGGCGGCUCCCGGUGCAUCGCGGAGGGAACGAGGGAACGGCAGCUCCCGGUGAAUCGCGGAGGGAGAGGGAACGGCAGCUCCCGGUGCAUCGCGGAGGGAACGAGGGAACGGCAGCUCCCGGUGCAUCGCGGAGGGAACGAGGGAACGGCAGCUCCCGGUGAAUCGCGGAGGGAACGGCAGCUCCCGGUGAAUCAAGGAGGGAACGGCACUCCCGGUGCAUCGCGGAGGGAACAGCAGCUCCCGGUACAUCGCGGAGAGGCUCCUCCGCCGAGCAGGGCAGGGGUUUUGCCGUGCGGGGUCACCGUGGAGCGCCCGCUCCAGCCCGGUUUGCGCGCCCCGGCGGGGACGGGGGCUCUGGACCGUCCUCACCGGCAGCACCGGAUCCUGGUGAGAACCAGGGAAAAGCACCGAGACACGUCCCCAUCCCACGUAAGGUGGGAGGGAACGGUUCGUCUUCAUCUGCCCGCCCGGAGCCGGUCCUGUGCCGGAUGCUGCCAUGUAUCCCAGGAUUAAAAGCCUCGUGCUUUACAUCUUCUCAAUCACGCUGCUGGCCUGGGUGUUUUACAUGAAGAAGGAAGCGAAGUUAGCAGCAUCAUCAGCAGAGCAGAAAGUGGAUGUGGUGGAUCACAGACUGCAGCCUUCGGUUCUGGACAGUGCUGAGCACAGCAAGUGUGUGCCGAACUUGACCUUUGCCAAUGCUUUUCUCGCCCUCCCGGAGCCUCACCGAGUCUUCCUAACCUACAAGCACUGCAGGAACUUCUCGGUCCUGCUGAGGCCUUCCAGGUGUAGCCAAGAGAUGUUCCUCCUGCUGGCCAUCAAGUCUUCCCCCAUUAACGUGGACCGGCGUGUGGCCAUCAGGAACACGUGGGGGAAGGAGGUGUCCAUCGGGGGCAGGCGCAUCAGGCUGGUGUUCCUCCUAGGGCGCUCCGAGGCCAAAAUCCAGCUGCAGCCCCUGCACCAGCUGCUGGCUUAUGAGAGCCAGGAAUUCAAUGACAUCUUGCAGUGGGAUUUUGUUGAUGACUUCUUCAACCUGACCCUCAAGGAGCUGCAUUUCCUCCGCUGGUUCAUGGAGGACUGCCAGCACGCCAGGUUCGUGCUGAAGGGUGAUGACGAUGUGUUUGUCAACACUUACAACAUUGUUGAGUUCCUCCAGGAGCUGGACCCUGAACAGGAUCUCUUUGUUGGGGAUGUGAUCGCCAACGCCCGGCCCAUCAGGAACACCAAGGUCAAAUAUUUUAUUCCAGAGCCCAUGUAUGGGGCCACCUUCUAUCCUCUCUAUGCAGGAGGAGGGGGAUACGUGAUGUCUAGAGAGACAGUGCGUCGCCUCCAGAGCACCGCAGAGGACAUGGAGCUCUUCCCCAUAGAUGAUGUGUUCGUGGGAAUGUGUCUGGCAAAGAUGUCAGUGAUCCCAAAGAACCAUGCUGGCUUUAAGACUUUUGGGAUCCAGAGACCUUUCAAUCCUUUUGAUCCGUGCUUGUACAAAGAGCUGAUGGUUGUGCACAGACUGAACCCAACGGAGAUGUGGAUCAUGUGGACGCUGGUGAAGGAUGACAGCAUUAGGUGUGCGGUGUCGGUGACACACAGCUACAGCAGGGGCUGGAAAAGGAGCUACUGAUGAGCCCAGUGGGAUUGUGGCUGGUGACAGGGUACUUAAACUAAAAAUCAGGUUGUGGUAGAAACGUGUCCGUUACUAACAGACUGCACUGGAGCUGUCGUGGUUUGGUUUGCAGUGAGUUUUUCUGUCAGGGGUUACUUGAACCAGUUGAAUUGUCACAGGGUGGGGAUGUGGUCAUUGGCUUCCCAGCCAGACUGUGUCAGGGCAAGUCACAAGUGCCACCUGCACUGGUGUCUGACUGCUGGCCAAAGUCAGUCUCAUGUGGGACAGCCAGCAAUGACUAAGGAGUGAUGCAGCAUUUCAAAUUUACUUGAAGGCAUGGAAGAAAGGCCAGUAUGUCCUGCUGGGUCUGCUGUCCCAGGGCAGCAACCCCACAGCUCCUAGCAGAGAGCAGGAGAAAGGGAAUAGAGCGGGGAAGGAAAAGCUUCAAAAAUACAUGGCCUUAACACAGCAGCGACCAUGAUCUGAGGGACUGGGCUCUGCCUCCAGCCCUUUGGCUUUUGCAUAAACUCAAACAGGUUUACAUGCACUGGAAACUUUAGCACAAACACUUUCUGAUCUGGUUUGAGAGGAGCCACGUGUUUUGAAUAAUUUUGGUGGUAGGUAAAGUGGCUGUAGCUUCCCAUGUUGUGUGGGAGGUGUUUGGUUUGUUGUUGUAAUGUUGUGUGUAAAUAAAAUACUUUUCAGAAGUA